UCGAAAUUUCACCCACUGCGAAUAGAGACUUAUUCAGUUGAGAAGAAGGAAAAAACAUUAAUAUUUACGUCAGAAUGUCGGCUGCAGAUAUCUAUUACUCAAAGAAAUACCAAGACGACUUUUACGAAUACAGACAUGUUAUUCUGCCUAAAGAACUCGCAAAACGGGUGCCACCAAAGACUCUUAUGUCGGAAGAGCAAUGGCGAUCUAUUGGAGUUCAACAGUCACUUGGUUGGGAACACUAUAUGAUUCACAACCCAGAGAAACACGUUUUGUGCUUCAGAAGACCACUGCCUGGCGUUGAAGGUGGAUCGAUUCCUUACUGAUUGCUGUUUUGAAUUUGAAUUAUAUCCUGAUUGGGAGCCUUCUUUGACUCACGGAUUUCAAGAGAAUUGUAAAUUUUUGUACAGAGAUUGAAUUUAUGACAGAGCUUCACUUCCACUGUAAGACAAAAAUAAAAGAAAGCAUGUGACAAUUUUUCAACUAAGUCAAAAUGACCAUUCAUUUAGAAUUCACACAACCCCAGCACUGGCACCAACUGUUAGCAAAACCAUGUCUUUGGUUUAACUUCACUUCUCCUAAAGUUUCAAAAUUGUUUUUGUGUAUUCUGCAUGAUAUCUUCAAAGAAAAAUGAAGUGAUGGGUGAUCUUGUCUCUGUGUGAAUCUUAAAUGAAAUGCAUUGUACUGUUACUCUCAAUAUCACUAAAAGGUUCCCCAGCUUCUGCUUGUAUCUUUUACUUGAUUGUAAUAAGAGUGGGAAAUGUGGAUUUUCUACCAACAUAUUAUUUAUUUAGGAAUGAU